CCCACCUCCACCCCAUCGCCUCUCUUUCAGUUUCACCUACUCUUACCAGGGGAGAGUGCUCUGGGUUCGGGCAGAAUCACGAGCUUGGAUCCCUCCACCCGGACAGCGCGCCAACAGCAGAAAGACCCUUAUCAGCCGCCAUCUGCCUGCCUGCAUGUGUCCCAUCAGGAAGUCUGCAAAGGAGAGUGUUCUGCUUUAACUGCAGAGGUCUCCACAUCCCCUCACACACCUUUCCCAGCCGGUGGCUGCUUCCCACAGAGAGCAGGAGGCGGAGGAGGAGAGCAGCGAGAUCGUAGAUACGCAUCAUCCUAGUUGAAGUCAAUGAGAACUUCUCUUCGGAGGAAACGGAGCUUCAGGACGUCUGGAGAUCUCAGAGAUGCGUUUGAUGGUCUCAGCCGGUGAUUUCGCUCCGUUCAUGUUCGGAACAAAACUGAGAGACCAUUUCAAUGACUCAAUGUGCUCGUUUUGAGGAGCGAAGGAGCCGUUUGUGCGGGAUUUUCAGUCCGGAGACGUGAUGUCAGCCAGCGCGCGCGCCCUGCUCUUCGUACUGCUGAGUGUGCUGCGGGCGAACGGCCAGACGGAGAUGAAGAGAGUGGUCGGGGACAAUGCCACGCUGCCCUGCCACCAUCAGCUGUGGCAAGCUGACAUCAGCCUGCUGGACAUCGAAUGGAUGCUGCAUAAAUCCAGCUCACGGCAGACAGUGCUGAUCACCUACUCCGGGGGUCGCGUCUACGACCCCAACGACGGCGAAGCUGGACGGCUGUCCCUAUCGGGCGACUAUCUGAAGGGGGACGCGUCACUCAUGAUCAGUGACCUCUCGCUCGCCGACUCCGGAGAGUACAUCUGCAAGGUCAAGAACGGCGGGAAGUACCACUGGAACACAGUCAAGCUCAUCGUGCUGCUGAAGCCGUCCAAACCCCGCUGCUGGAUGGAGGGCCGUCUGCUGGAAGGAAGUGAUGUCAGACUGAGCUGCAAGUCCACAGAUGGUUCUGACCCAAUCAGCUACAAAUGGGAGAGAGUUCUGGACAAGGGGAAAUAUGUUGGCAAACUCCCUCCUCUGGCGCUCAUCGAUCUGAAGAACCCUGAGAUUGUUACGCUGAAAAAUCUGACGAAGGAAAGUGCAGGAGUCUAUAAAUGCACCGCCAGCAAUGAUGUGGGAGAAGAAAACUGCACUUUAGAGGUCAAAGUUCACUACGUGCGUGGAAUGGGCGUGGUCGCGGGUGCCGUGGUGGGCGUGUCCUUCGGCGUUCUGCUCAUCAUCCUCAUCGUCUGGCUUGUUUUCCGCAAGAAAGAGAAGAAGAAGUAUGAGGAGGAGGAAGCGCCCAAUGAAAUAAGGGAAGAUGCAGAAGCUCCCAAAGCCAAACUGGUGAAGCCGAACUCUCUGUCGUCCUCUCGCUCUGGUAGCUCUCGCUCCGGAGCCUCCUCCACCCAGUCGAUGGUGCACAACAGCGCCCCCCGUGGGCCCAGGCCUCGACUGCCCGUGGUGGCCGCCCUUAAAGAAAGCGGGCAGCCCGAAAACUUCCCUUCAGUCCCACCGCCGUACAACCACACGGCCCCCAAACCCCCGGAGCCCAGCGGCAGCCCCAAACCCAGCCCGGCCAACCUGGCGAGGAUGGGCGCCACACCGGUGAUGAUCCCCGCGCAAACCAAGGCUUUCCAGACUGUGUAGGAAUACAAAACACACACACACACACACACACACACACACACACACAGCAAGUCCCACAUCUGCUAUCAGGAACAUUCCCAAAGGAUUUCCCAUUCCCUGCCGAAACCCAGGCGGUCCGGCCUUUCAUUCAACAUUGGAAAAGAAAUGCUUUAGUUGUUUUAUGUGCACACUGAAGUGGAAGGAAACCCUCGUGGAGUGUGUGUGUGUGUGUGUGUGUGUUUAAAGGGUUUAGAGAUGUGAGGACUGUGCCUUGUGUUGUUCUGGCGGUUUGAGCAAACAAAAGAGGCAGAUAUGAGCAGAGAUUCGGCUCGGCCUUCACCCAGACUGACGGCCUGUCCACCUGAACACACACUUCCUGUCCUCGCUGGGUUUGGACUGACAGCUACACACCUGGAGGAGGAAUUCACCGAAGCGGACCUGCUCGUCCGCCCCAUCGAGGAUCCUCAUCUGCCACUCAUUUCCUCGGCCAAUCAGCAUUUGCCAGGCAGCCCAGCUGGGAUCGCAGCCAAUGGCAGGACACCCGCUGGGCGCCAGACGCUCUGAUUGGCCCAGAAGAGGAGAGAUCAACACACCGUGACAUAAACAAUGACAGUAAAUUGGUUUGUUCCUCAUUAGAGCUAUAAAUAUUCCAUAUGAAUAGCAGUAUUCCGUAUUUAAUAGGUAUUUAUAGGAAUUCCAUAUAUAUUUCAGUUAAAGUAUCUAACGGCAUUCGUAACGUGUGUGUGCACAAUCCCUUUAAAUCAUUUACUCACACUCUUCAGGAUAACGAGUACAGUAUCGUCAGUAAUGAGGUUGAUUGGCUUCGGCUCCUGGUAUAUAAUUGAAAUCAGAUGUCUGGUCGGCGUGAUGAUGUGGGUCAGGCUUAUUCAGCGCUGUUUGUUUAGGACUGAAAUGUGUAACGGAUUACGAUGAAACCGUCCGAGCGGGCCCACACACACACUCACACACUCACACACACACACCUGCCCGCGUGGAAACACUAGUUCUACACAGAUUUCCAACGGCUGGUCAAAGCUCUACAUUAGUGGUUAUCAACCUUUUGGACUCGAAGGUCCACCGUUAUCCUACUAAAUUUAAAGACAUUUCUGCUGAAAUUUAUGUUUUGAAAUGUUUUUUUGACAUAAACUGGAUUUUGACAUUUCAAAUUUGCAUUACGAUCCAUCACAAUAGUUAUUUAAAGGGAAAAAGUUCUAUUUCAGUGUGUGUGUGUUUAGGAUUUUAAUUAAAGAUAUAUGUUACGUUUUUAAAAGCAUCUUUUGGAGGUUUGCUGAGGCCACUGAUCUACCGUUAAUACUUGUAUUUUUUAUAUAUAUUAAAUAUUACGGCUGAUUUUCUAAUGCUUUCCAUCUACCAAUAAGAAUGUAGUGCUUUCUGCUCAGUUUCAGACAUUUGAUCACGUUUAAAUAGUUUUCUUUAAGGAAUGUGAUGGGAAAGUCUGCAGAGUCUGAAUGUUGUAUCGCUGGCUGUUUUGGGCUUUUUUCCUCUUUUCAACCAUUUAUUUUUAAGAUUAAUUGGAUUAUUUGCUAUUUUAGCAAAAGACACAGCAUUGUAACUGCAGUAGGUUAGAAUCGUUCAUUUAUAUAUAUAUAUAUAUAUAUAUAUAUAUAUAUAUCACAUUUGUAUCCUAGGUUACUCUAAUGCCGUUGAAAAUAUAUUUUCUCUGUUAUUCAGAUGUUUUCCCGUCUAAUAUUUCAAUGUUUGUUGGAUUCUCGUGCUCACAGAGGCAUUCGACCCAGAACCAGAAAUGUGCUUUUUGAGUUGCCAUUAGUCAACAGCAGGAGGCCAUAACAUGAAUUCGUCCCCUCUAGUUUUUUACGUCUUCGGAAACGAAUUAGACGGACGAACAAGAUGUCAGAAAAUAUUGAAAGUGACAGGUCACCCUUAAGGAGCACAAUGUCUUCUUGCUGGAUAAUCACGCAUUGAACAAGACGUAGAUGUCAAUGCUCUGAGAGGAAAAGGAACCAAAGGCUGACCUUAUUUAUCUCAACCCAAUCCUUCACAGCUCUUCUUCAGGCCGAUGCAAAAGCACUCCGAAUGUGCACCAGCUCCAUUGAUUUAGCUUCAACCAACGUCGAUUCCCCGGCUUUGACGUCUCUCUCCCCGCACGGGGACGUGAGGAAAUAAAGUAAUGUUAGUCCGAGUGCUCCCUCCUCGUAACCCGUGUUCCUGUCUGCUGUUGAUAUGUGCAUGGCUCAGUCGAGUGUGUGUUGGGUCGUCACGGCUGAGAUGUUACACACCUGCAUACGAUUGCUUGAGAGAAUGUGCAUCUAAACACGACUGGCGACGGACCUGCAUGACAACGAUAGCUAGAGAAAGGCAAGUAUUUUGGCUCAGUGCUAAUAUCAGUACAUUAUAUAGCCUACUAAGAAUCGCAUUAUAAAAAAGGAUUUUGGUUAACUAAUGUAAAUACUUUUUGUAUUUAUACGCCAACUUUUAUUUAACCCAAUACACAUGGAAUGAACUGGUUCUUGUGGAUGAUUUGCACUUGUACAGUAGUGUGCUUUGGUGCUUUGACUGCAUGAGUAAGGAAACCAUGAGCCAUUUCCCUCUGUCGUUCACAAUUAUUAGUAUUUUUAAACAUUACUGGCUAUUGAUUGAUUGGACAAAUUACCUUGUACAUAUUUCCUUUCAUUUCAAAUGUAUAUUUGUACAGUAUCUUCCUUUGGUUUGUAAUAAAGCAUUAAAUGACAAGCCAAUUAAAACAGUG